CUCCGAAUCCUAGUACGAGUCGGGUUUUCGCGCGUCUCGUGGUAAUCGUGUUCCGAAAAAGGAAUUAAUUGUUAAGAGAUCGCAGAACGAGAUGAUGAUCGGUGGAAGAACGCUCGGGAAUCCAACGAUGUGGAAAUCUUCUAUUAAAGAACUGACUUCGGUCAUCAGGUACAACUUGAAAGUGACUGAAGAUAGUAUCACGCGCGAUCGAUCAGAAGGUCUAGCAUUUUGGAAAAGGAAAGCGGCGAGGGCACCACGUGGACGGUGACCUGGGGAACAAAACAUCCUCGAAAUUGGCUCGAAGGAAUCAGUAAGUUUCGUAGAUCGUCGUAUAGAGAGGGAAAGAAUGAAGUUAAAGGAAGAAAGGAAAGGAAGAAAAAAAGGAGAGCUCAUCCUCGUCGAGAAGAAAGUGCAACCCCAUUGAAAUCUUUUUCUUCUUUCGUCCAUGGAAUAAAACUGAACCAUUCGAGUGAGAGGAAGAGGCCAGUAGAAGAUGAGUAUGCGUCUACGUGUACAUAUACGUCUAUCUCGUGGCAUUUCCACGGGAAUUAAGGUUUACGCUCAAUGAACGGACAACAACGGGCGUCCUCCCGGGGCUAAAAUUGCAUUCAAUGCGAAGGAACGUUUCCUCGCGGCUACGAGGAUACCACCUCUUAGUGACGGUAUUCAAGUAUUCGGUCCCGGUUAGUACAUGACAGUUCGUGGACGGGUUUUUUGUUCCGUGGAAAAACUCGCCCUCGACUUCCGAGUAUCGGGAACGCGACCUUUUAUUUCUCCGUCGAGGGCGAUUCGUGGAAAGCUGCGUCGCUGAAUGAGGCCCUUGCCACUGUUUCAAUGUCUAACGAUCCGGUCGAUUCAAAGGGAAGACAAAGAUUACGAAAAUUUUUAGAUAAUUUUUCAGUCGUCAGUGAAUUUUAUUCAUGACAACCUCAAUGCCGUUUCAACACCUGAUUCUCAGAUUUAGUGAGAUUUAAUCUGAGGAAAAAAAAAACAACGGAAAGGGAGAGAUUGCUCGGUAACAGUCCGGACAGAAAUGAUGGGUUCUUAAAGUGCAUAUUUGGUAAAAUCGGUUAAUAUCCGGCAUAUUCGAACGCUUCCCGGCUUUUCCCGGAACAGCGCGCCCUUCUCUUUACGCACAAGCUGCGCACGAUAUCUAGAUAUGUAGGUGUGUACGUACGGUGCACGUCCAUUGUGGACCGCCCCGGAGCAAGAGUACGCUCUUCAGGAACAAUGCGGUUGUGUGCAAACACUCUUGGAAACAAUGCGGCCCCGAACUUAACUUUCCGCGAUAGAGACUCCUCGUGCUGCGAGAAUAUAAUUCUCCCGGUGCACAGAUUGCGCUUCCAGACUUCGCGAAGCCUCACCAGGCUUCUUCAUUCUCCUUACAUUAGCAAAUAUCGCCGUGGACGAUUUUUCAGAAAUUAUUCUGUCCCUUUUUAUUAUAUUUUACCAAUCGCUUUACCGAUGUUCACCAUAAUUGUUAGACUCAAAACAAACAAGUAGAAAGUUGUCUGUGACCAUGUAAAUAGUGCAUACAAAAUAAACAGAAUGAAAAAUAUAUCCAUUGCUUGACACUAAUCCGUGUUAUAAUCGUUUCAAAAUUCUGAACUUUUUUUCUAAAACCGUUUCUAAAAUUCUGUGAUGCAUACAGGAGCUACUCUAUGAAAAUUUUAUCAUUCACGAUUUUUAAAUUUAAAUCAUAUUUUAAGUUUGCGAUAAUGACAUAAGUCGAUUUAGCGAGGUGUCAAUAGAGAAAAAUAAUCGCACGUGGCUGAGUUCACCGGAGCGUUUUGCAUAUCGAAUUCAUAAUCUCUACCCUCGAGGAAUGCAAUAAUGGGGAUUUAACAGUCAUUAAGGACAACGUGCUGCUGUGCUAUAUGCGUAUGCCGAUUGGUAACACAAAGUGUUCGCAGUAGGGCCGGACCGGCGAAGGGCUGCGAGGGUGGUUGGUGGGGGACGGCUGGUUGCAGCGGGAAGAUCGAUUCAUCGGGGGAGGGUGGAAAAGGCAACCUCUCCGUCCUUCUUUGGGCUCGCGGCCACGGCUUUCUCUUCUGCGUUUGCCGGUGUACAGCAGGGUUGUAGACUACUGAAGCACCCUCGAGGGCCAAUCGAGUACCGACUUGGGCAUUUUGUCCACACUUGGCGGCCUGUAACAAGUGCAUUGUCCCGUGUGCGCCGAACUGCACAAAGAUAAAGAGAAUUCUCUCGUAGCCAUCGAAGAGGAUUCUCACGAGUGCUCGCUCCGCCCCUCAUUCCGAUUUCGCCACGGGCUUUUAAUAUCACGACUGUGUAAAUAAGUGCGCCCGGCUACGUAAUAGAGUUUCUUUAUCCGCGACGGACCACUCCAUUGUUUCGACAAUCGCUAACCCGUUAUCGAUGAUCAGAAUCGGAACUUACAAACCGAUCGCUCGCGAGUUCAAUUAAAUGUUGGUGAAAACGAAACAGGUACACCCGAAGAAUGAACAAGUGGUUAGAACUGGAAGAAUUGAAACCGCGAAUAUUGCCUUUCGGAGGAUUGUGUUUGCUCGUUUCUCAGCCGCGUUGGUGGCUCGUAACGAGCGCUUUAUGGCUAGUGUAAAGCGCGCAGGAGCGCACAAAAGUACAGAGAUUCGCGCCUGACUUACUUCACGAGGACCCUCGACGGAGAAGGAGAGAGAGAAAGAGUGAAACUAGGUCCGUGGUUUCUUCCUCCGUCGGCCUCCUUUUCAUACCGGGCCAAAUUUUAAUAUAGCGAGCCGGGAAAAAGAGAGGCGUCACGGGGAAGCUUGGCCGCGCUUUAUGGAUUCUCUUUUCAACGGAAACUUCAUUUCGGCGGAACGAUCUCCUGACAAAAAACAAGCAGCGGGUAAUUUCGAGGAUCGGAGGAGGUUCGUUUAGGGUAGGCCGCGAGGCGGGGUGGUGGUCGUGGUGGGGGCCGAGGGGGUGGUGAUGUGGCCGAACAGCCUCGGCGGUACUUCCGGCUGCAGCGGGGGCGCCGGCGCCACCGAUCUCGGGGGCCUCGCCGCCUCCACCACCUCGGCCUCCGAUCUAUUCGGGCCCGCCGCGUUCGGCGCGUCCGCGGCCGGGCCCUACGGCGCCCUCAAGACCAACCCUUACGUGAGCGCGCUAGGGAUGCCACCGAUCGAGGCCCUACACUCCACCAUUGGCUAUCCCGGUUGCACUCCCGCCGGUGAGUCAUACUACUGUAAUCCAAGGAAGCAACGAAGGGAACGAACUACAUUCACCAGAGCGCAGUUGGACGUUCUCGAGGGACUAUUCUCGAAAACGAAAUACCCGGAUAUUUUCAUGCGGGAGGAAGUGGCGAUGAAGAUCAAUCUGCCGGAGUCUAGAGUGCAGGUGUGGUUCAAAAAUCGUCGAGCCAAGUGCAGGCAACAGCAGAAGCAGCAGCAGCAGCAACAGGACAAAGCGCCGAGGUCGAAGAAACCCUCCGGGAACCCGAGCAACAAUCCGCCCUCUGGAAAAAGUCCUUCGAUUGCCACCACGCCCACACCCGCUGCCGCGGUGCCCGCCACGACACCACUAAGCGGUGGUACAGGUGGCUCGGCAGCCAGUUCCCCGGCGCUGCUUAGGGAUUCGCCUCAGUACAAACCCGCAGGAAGCGCGACUAGUUUGUUGUUAGCAGCCAGUACAACCCCGCCUAGCUUAGGGGGAACCGUGUACAGCAGCGGCGGCAGCAGCAGUAGUAUCUGGAGCCCGGCCGUAACGGAGAGCGGGGGUGGAUUCCCCGGUGAUCAUCAGAGGUUAGCGUGGACAACAACCGCCUCCCAGCAACAAUGCUACCAAAAUUAUUCGUCUUAUUACACUAACAUGGACUACUUGUCGCCCGCCACGCAUCAGCUAAACGUUGUGGAUGGGAGUGGAAGUAGUUUAGACAACACAUGGAACAAAACGAGGGAUGAGAGUGCAUCCUCCUGGUUUUAUAAUAGCGCCGGAUGGGGCGAACGAAAGUGA